AUGAAAACCAGUGCCCGUACAGUUCGCCGCCGCCUCAAGGAAUGGGGCUGUACCCAACGGUUUCCAAUACCUGAUACACCACAACUACGCGCUCGAAUUUCUGCUUUAUUCUUUGAAUACUGUGCCAGUGACAAGGAGAUCAUAUAUAUCCUUGAGAAGGAGGGCUAUCAGAUAUCCUCAUAUGGUCUAAGUGUACUCCGUGCUCGGUUAGGCCUUACACGUCGAGUCUCUCGCUUUAAUCGUGAAGAAGCAGAUGAAAGGCUCUUGAAUAUAGUUCAAAAGGAGCUUGACAAGGGUGCCAUUGAGGGUUACGGACGAGGCUAUCUCUACAGUCAUUUCCGAAACCAGAUGCACUGCAUCUCAAGGGAUCGGCUCUUUGCAGCAGUAAAGCAACUAGAUCCGGAUGGAGUAUACCGUCGGGCAAAUGAUCUCCAGCGUCAUCGUGGGGAGUAUAUUGUACCUGGUCCAAAUUGGUUAUGGUCAAUCGAUGGUCACUGCAAACUAAAUUUCUAUGGCAUUGAAAUAUAUGCAGCUAUUGAUGCAUAUUCUCGAUACAUCACAUGGAUUUAUAUUGGCAUUUCUGGCCGUACAGCUAUCAGUAUUCUGGUCCAAUUCUUGACAACUCUCCAGAAGGAAGGUGUUCACCCACAGCGGAUACGAUCAGAUCGAGGUACAGAAACACCAUUGCUUGCAGCUGCUCAACAUGCUUUUAUGAAAAGACAUGUUGCAGAUAUCUCUUUUAGAGACUGUUACUGGUAUGGAACUAGUACUGCGAAUCAAAGAAUUGAGUCUUGGUGGGGGCAGUUAACAGGAGGGUUACUUUUCCGCUGGAGGGACUAUUUCCAGAGAUUGCAUAGUGAACAUUUGUUUGAACCUGACAAUCUGGCUGACAAGAUUGCUCUUCUUGCAAUAUAUAUUCCUAUUCUCCGACAAGAGGUCCAGGCCUUUGCCCGAAUGUGGAAUAUGCACACUAUCCGAAAGCAGCCUAAUCGACCAAAUGCAGUCCAUGGAAAGCCCAUUAUGCUUUAUUUCUAUCCACAAGAUCCUUGUAUUCAGAACUAUGGAUUGAAGCCUGAUCCUCAGUUACUACAAGAACUGACAGAUCAAACUGCAAGCUAUGAUUUGAAUGAAUACCUCCCAUCAGAGACAAAGAACUGGUGUAAUGAGAAGCUCACAGCUUUUGGUCACCGAAGAGAACCAGAUGAUAUUGAUAGUGUUGACAUCACUGGGGAUGGAAAAGACAUAGCUGCAGAUGAUAAUAACUUCAUUGGGGAUUUGGAUAGUCAAUUUUAA